CGGAUAUGACAUGUGGUUCGUUAAAGCGUAAGUUGUGAGUGGGAAAAAAGUCUGUGAUUUGUGUAUUCUGUCGGUGAUUUGUGUAAUGUGUGGUAUUUAUUGUAGUUUGAAGUGUAAUAAAUCGGAUGCAAGCUGUGGAAGUUCUCGUGAAGACCCAGUCUUGCACACGUUUAUGGAAUACUUGAAACACAGAGGUCCAGAUGGUUUUUCAGAAUAUAAAGUUAAUAUUGGUAGUAAAUGGACUGCCAACUUUGCUGGCUGUGUCCUUUGGAUGCAAGGGUCUGAACUAACCUUGCAGCCUUCAGUAGACGAUAAAUACAAUACCCUAUUGUGGAACGGGGACGUCUUCAGCGGUUUAAUGGUAAACCAGGAAACCUCAUCAGACACAAAGAAGAUAAGUCAGACUUUUACCAAAAUAAAUGGAAUUGAAAUUCUAGCAAUUCUAUCAAGCAUUCAAGGGCCAUAUGCUUUUAUUUAUCUGGAUGUACAGAAUCAUCAUUUGUACUUUGGUCGAGAUAGACUUGGAAGACACAGUUUGCUAUGGAGCAGUGACUGUGAAGGAGGACUUGUGCUGACAUCUGUAGGAAAACGAAAUGUCUUGAAUUUCAAGGAGGUACCAGCCAUUGGCAUCUUUAGGAUUAAUAUGAAUUCUGAUCUAGAGAAAAUUACUCUUUACCCAUGGUCAGACAUAGCUGCAGAAAUGCUUCAGAAUAUUGACCAAGACUCCGUGUUAAAAGUUGAAGUUUCAUCAGAAACCAUACAGUCACCAAUAACAGCAUUAGGAAGACGCAGUAAAGAGGAACUGUUUGAUUCAGAACAUCUGCUGAAUCAGUAUAAUACUAAAGUUCUUACAGGUGUUCAUGAAAUUAGAGAUUUUAUUGAAAAAUUACAGUCAAGUUCAGAUAUUAAGAAUUCUGUUAAAAAAUUAGUCUCUCUUUUGAGAAGUUCUGUACGAGUAAGAGUUCAGACACAUCCAGGAAUUUGUAAGGAAUGUUUAGAAUGUGCUAGACACUUGCGCAUAGAGACUCAUAUGAGUAAGAAUUUUUGUAAAUGCUCAGGUUUAGAAUAUCAGCAACACUUUCUCCAGUGCUCUACAAAAAGUGCCUUGUAUGGAGCGCAGCUGUCAGGAACUUCACGCACAAAAAGUGAAGACAGUAGUAUUGGUUCGUGUUCAGAAAAUACAUUAAUUGUGUGCCAUAAUUGUAGUACAAGUUUAGAACAUGCGGAUGUAAAAGAAUGUCCCCAUUCAACAUCUGCAAGAUCUUGUGAAGAAAUGUGGACCGGUGGAAAUCCUAAAUUGUGUAAUCAUUCAAAAAUUGGCAUUUUAUUCUCUGGUGGUUUGGAUUCAACAAUAUUAGCAGGACUUGCUGAUGAAUUUGUUCCCCUUGGUGAACCAAUAGACUUAUUAAAUGUUGCAUUUGAAAGGGAAAGAAAGAAUGGGAAGCCAAAUAGAAAGCAAGCAAGAGAGAAAAAUCACUUGGACUCGACAGAAAGAAAAAAGAGUUCAUAUUUAGUUCCAGAUCGAAUUACAGGCAAGAGAGCGUUGGAUGACUUGAAAAGACUGUAUCCGAACAGGCAGUGGAAUUUUGUGCAGAUAGAUGUAACUCAAGAAGAAUUAAUCAGAGAACGUGACAGAAUCAUUUCAGAUUUGAUAUAUCCGCUAAACACAGUACUCGAUGAAAGUCUGGGUUGUGCUCUCUGGUUUGCAAGUCGUGGUAAAGGCUGCCUCGUGCAACAAAACGGUGCAGAAACGCAUUACAGCUCACCUGCAAGGGUACUUCUUCUCGGGAUGGGAGCUGAUGAAUUGUUUGGAGGGUAUAAAAGACACAGGACAGCUCUUAACCUCAAAGGGUGGCAUGGCUUAAGGAAUGAGCUUCAGCUGGAUCUUGAUAGGAUAUCAACAAGGAAUCUAGGACGAGAUGAUCGAAUUGUCUCCGACCAUGGUUGCCAGGGUAGGCUGCCUUACCUGGAUGAAUCUGUGGUUUCCUAUGUCAGUUCCUUGCAGCCAUGGCAAAGAUGCUGUCCAAAGCCAGAAUUUCCACCAGGUGUCGGAGAUAAACUGCUUCUGAGAUUAGUUGCGUGGCAGCUCGGUCUUCACUAUGCUGCAGGGCUACCGAAACGAGCAUUCCAGUUUGGGUCCCGAAUUGCCAACAGUAAAGAGAGAGCUAAUGAUGUGUCCAGUCGAUUAUAGUAUGUAAUCAGACAGAAAUAUUGUGACAUUUUAAAAAAUAUACUUGGCUUUUCAUUUUGAAGUAUGUAAAUGCCAAUUUAAUGCUGCCAUGAGGUUACUUGAGGAAUUUUAAGUUCCUACAUCUUAAAGGUUAAAAGUAAACAAAUCUGGAGGAAUAAUAUACUAAAAGAUUCAUUUCCUUUAAGUUUAAGGAAUGGAAGUGACAAGGAAUCAGAUUUUGCACUUUCGGAAUAGAUCAUCUAGCUAAAAAUUGUCAUACAUUUUGACUUGAAUGGUCAGUUUGAAUUUUCCACUCGUCAUUUUAAAUCUUCUUCAGUCUUGUACUAAGCAGAAUAACUGAACAGAAUUAA